AUGCUGAAAUCAUCAGUGAUGAACAUGGGAGAGGGAAAGCAAGCUCAGAGACCUGCACAAGCAAGCUCAAGGAAAGGCUGCAUGAGAGGGAAAGGUGGUCCUGAGAAUUCUGCUUGUACCUACAAAGGUGUUCGACAGCGGACUUGGGGCAAAUGGGUGGCGGAAAUUCGCGAACCGAAUCGCGGUUCUCGUCUCUGGCUAGGGACUUUUGAGAACUCAUAUGAUGCUGCUCUUGCCUACGACGCUGCUGCUCGUAAACUCUUCGGUCCCGACGCUACGCUCAAUUUACCACAUUUGUACAACAAAUCCCAGUUUCCAAUCUCCUCCUCCGCCAACACCCAUGUCACGAACAUGGGAAAUGAACCACAAAUGCAACAGAAUCCGUAUUCUGCGUGUUCAUCAGAAAGCUCGUCAUUUGGUGGCGUAUCCGAUGAACAGCCAGUGUUUUUUGACAAUAACUCCGCUAAUACUUUUCUAGCUGAGAAUGUUGUACCCCACGAAAAAAUGGGUGAAAAUGAAGUGGGUAUUGAAGGGCUUUGGGGGAAUUUGAAUGCGAACUUGCCAGAGUUUGAUGAUUCGUCGUUAUGGGCGGAGGCGGCAGCAACUACGUCUUUUCAGGCGGUCAGUGAGCCGGGGGUUUUCUCCGGAAACUUUGAGGAUUGGAAAGGGUGGGAACCCAUGCACUACCCAUGGUGCUCUUAG